UGAUGCCUCUCGGGUUGUGACUCUCGCGCAGAAACUUGGAGGAGCCCUUUGCCCGCCGUCCUACUUGGCAGCAAACCCUCUCCUCGCAGCGAAUGACCAUGUGUAGCGGAGCGAGCCUGGCCUUGCUGGUCUACGGGAUAAUAAUGCACAGCAGUGUCUACUGCUCACCUGCCGCCGCCGGACUGCGGUUCCCCGGGAUUAGGCCGGAGGACGAGGUGUACGACGAGGACGGAAACCCACUGCAAGACUAUUAUGAUUCGGACCCGCCCGGCCUAGGGAGCCCCGCCUCCGCGCUGCACGACUCCUCCGCGCUCUACUACCCUGCGGAGAAGAGAGAUGUCGCCCGAGGGAUCCUUAACAAGGCCUACCGAAAAGUGCUGGACCAGCUGUCCGCCAGGAAGUACCUGCAGUCGCUUUUGGCCAAGGGUCUGGGUGGGGACUUAGGCGGCAGCGCAGAGGACGACUCGGAGCCGCUCUCCAAGCGCCACUCAGACGGAAUCUUCACGGACAGCUACAGCCGCUACCGGAAACAAAUGGCAGUCAAAAAAUACUUGGCGGCCGUCCUAGGGAAAAGGUAUAAACAGAGGGUUAAAAACAAGGGACGCCGAAUAGCGUAUUUGUAGCGCUGAGUUACCAGCUACUCUGUGUAUACGACCCUGAGUAACACAAUGAAAAGUCAUUUUCAAAACUGAUGGAACAGUCAUCGCUCAUGUGUUCUAUCCAAACAUGUAUUUAUGUAUGAAGUAAAGCCAUUAAAUGAAUAUUUUGAUAAUAAUAUUGUUUUUCUUUUGUACAAAGCACUAGAGAAUGCACAAUAUACUUUGUGAACCAAUUAUUGAUAUAUAUUAUAAGUAUAUAUAUUAUGGAUAUAAAGGUAUAAUAGAGAGCGAUUCAUAUAAAGCGUGCACAAGGAUUGAAAACUUGCCUGAGCUGUUUAUGUUUUUAUAUAAAAUAAAUAGAAAAAUAGACAAUCAUCGUUUUGAAUAUUACUCCUAUUUUUGUAAACUGGAAUUAAAAGGAUAGUAUUUUUAUCCACAAGAGGCGUGAAGAUAUUAAUACUGACCACUUGUUACUGUACAUAAACAAUGGUGUCCUGCCCCAGGGAGAUGAUGAGGUGAUGAUCUGAGAAAAUUGCUGAAGGGCGUUUUUUCCUCAGUGAGUCCCUGGGGCAGGCUGCCUCGAUCCCAGCCUAACACAACCAGGCAGUAUACCCCUUGCUGGGUGGCGAUUCCAAUAUUUCUGCUUUCUUUGAUUCCACUUUUAGGUGUAUUUGCCUCUCUUCAAGCUCUCAGCCCAAAAGGAAAUUCUCCCGAUAAAACAACGGCUCUAUCCAACUUAAGCUUCUCCCCAGAAUUCACGCCACUCCCGUGGGGAAGAGUCGGGAAAUUGUCCAGAGAAGGGAUGCUUGGGUUGCAGUCCCCCCUUUCUGUACUUCCUGAUUCAUCAGGGAACCUAAUAUCCCAAGGUUAGGGCAAUUGGACAAAGCAAAGGAAAUAUAUGGAAGAGGCAAAGCAUAAGGCAGUAGAAGGAAGGACCCCCAGAGAGGGACUGGUUUGUGGCUUCCCCAGGUCCAGGAAGUCAGGGCAAACCGAGUCCCCUCCAUAGGUCUGUUACUUAACUGACUUCGGGCGCUGGGUAUUGGAAAUGGAUGCAAAGUACGAUGUGUUUUUCUCCAGUGCUGUUCACGCUUCUCAUCUUGUGAAGUGGCCAGGAUCCUCCCCCUGAGCCCUGCUCCUUAGGAGCCACCCCUUUCCUUUGUGGUUUUCUGGAGACCCCUCCUUCCCAACCUCUUGCUCUGUUUAAGUACCGGCUACCAUUUUCCAGUCACUUCUCUUAAACUUGUGAAUGCUUCUCACUGUUUUGGUUCUGUUUGAUGCAAGUACUUAUUGUAAAGUUUAGGAAACCGUGUGUAGUUAACCACUGAGUAAUUAUGCACUAAUUAUGAACCUUUUGUUUCUUGUUUAUUGAGUUUGUAGGUAAAAUGUAUUUUUCUACAUUAUGGCUUACUGCUUAGUAAAAUUUAUUUCAUAAAACCAACCUUUGUCAUAUUAGAAUGUGUAGUGUUCACAUGUUGCUCAAUUUUCCUAAUUGAUAAAUCACUGAAACUUCGUCUUCAUACGCAUGAGUACUAUCUUAUAUUUGUGGUCAAGAGUGAGGUAAGCAAGCUCCAAUAGACCCUAAAAACCUCCCCUGAUAUCCUUUCUUGGCUAAAGAAAGCCUUUCUAUCGGUUUCCUGUCAAUUCCUUCAACAUAUAGAGUAAUCUCCAUAAACAAAAGAACCUUCACACAGCAACCAUAUCAAGCAACAACAGACAAACCAACCAGCCACUCCCCCAAAUUGCAGGCACCGAUGUUUUUUUGGAAAAAAAAAAAAAGAGAAAGAAAAAGGACAAAGAACAAGAAAAGCAUAACAUUAGCUUGUAAAGUUUAAAGGACCUUUCCUUUUCCUUUACGGAUGUGAGCCGUAUGAAGUCAUACAGCAGACAACAGAAUUGGAUUUGCAUUCCCAGGUGGGAUAGAGGCUGCCAGGAGAUCACAUUGCGAACAGUGGGAACACAGAGGCAUUCGAUCCAUGCCUGAGUCCUGUGUAUGGGAUCAGCCUUUCUUUAAUUCUGCAGUCUCCUCAGGCAGUGUGAUGUUACGUGGGAUGCAGUUUGCAGCUUUAGUGCCUUUCUUCGCCUUUUAAAUCGCCACAAAUCACAGAUGGCUAUUUAGUGGCCCUACAAUGCUGCAACACAUCAGCUUGCAUUUUAGUCUUAAUUAUUUGUUUCUUGGCUAAUGGGCAGAGUUUCUGUCUUUGUGUCAGCUGUUAGUGGUGAAAUAGGGCUCUGGUUAACCUUUCAUUUAUGAAGUCUAAUUUAGUGUUCCUGUGGCUAGUUGCAAGCAUUUUACAGUGAUAUCACCCAGUUUGAUCUUUUGUAUACUUUUUAGAAAUGCCAAGAGCCUUACUUAACUGGAGCAGAUUUAUGAUAUAGUGAUAAUUUAGGUAGAUGUUAGUCUUGAAGCUCUUAUUUUGUGUGCAACUGAUUAUAAAAACAUCUUAACCAAGUAUUAUUACACACAUGAUAUCUAUAAGUAGGACUUUGAUAACUGUUAUAUAAAGUGUGUAAAAUUUGUAUGAAUAAAUUUUUGUAAACCAUGCAACUUCGUCUAAUGUUUGGAGAAAAAAGACAUCCAGGAAAUAACUAAAAUCUCUUAAAAGUAUGACAUUUACUUUCCCACCAUAAGAUUUUUCAUGUCUGGAGUCUAUAUCUGAGCAUCCAGGUAUUUUCAUAAACUGUACUUGUAAUAACUGCUUGAUGGGUUAUUGGAUUCAACUAAAACUUUAAAGUAGCUACUCUGAGGGAGGUACCUAAGAAGAUAUUAAGCUCAUAAAUAGGCAUGGAUGUUUGAACAGUUAUAAAAUACAUAAAUAGUUUAGAUUAA